UUCUAAUCGUUCCGUUGUACAGCAGCAACCUGAUUGUUUGCAUCAGCAUAAGCGAACACAAACUUUCGUGACUAACAGUGUCAACAGUCGUACAGAAUAAAGUCAUAUUUUGAGAGAAGUGAAAUAAAACAGUAUAGUGAAAAUGGCCAUCGCAUUUUACAUACCAGCAAUCGAUGAUGAAAUCGAAAAGCAACACCAGCAGCAAAUGUUGCUCCAGCAACAGCUAGCUCAACAUCAGCAAUAUUCUCCACCGCCAACACCAACCACUCCAACGAGCCCGAGCUCCAUUCCGCCAACUCCGCCAAUGAGCCCUACUAUGACUCAAGUCAGCAUCCAUCAUAAUCGCUAUCAUCUCGUACAGGCGUUUCACGAGAUUUUGUUCCGGCAUGCCCAAGAAAAUAACCCAACUCGAACUCGUUGUCUAUUGUGCAACAAAUUGUACUAUCUUCUGCGAAAAGUAUAUUGACUUGUGUCAAUCAACCGAUCCGAAUCGAGAGACUUCACAAUCCAAGCUACAGCAAAACAGAAACAAAAACAAUCAAUAAUUGGUUAUAAUUCGUACUACUAUCAGUGCUCCGCCGAAAUAAAGUGAUUUUUAUUUCAUCCGGAUGCGAUGAGCAGACACGCCCAUCAAGGAUGUCGGACGUCGGAAGUCUUCAUCAGACCGGGACUUCGGGAGGUUUGUUCGCGUUUGGCAAUGGAACGCGGAAAGGUGGCCACUUUUAGGAAUCGAUGAUUCUGAACAUGGAAUCAUUCGAGUGGUCCGGAAAAAACAGUGGCCAGAUAAAAAUAGAACAAGGGCGUACAACAUCUGCUACCGGCGGGCGGCGCUCGCUGGAGAAAUCCUGGCGCAGAUGUGCAUAUAGUGUGUGUAUUGUAUAGGAUAGCAAAUGUGAUAGAUCAAGUGCAUCGAUGUAAAUGUGCU